AUGUGGAAUUUUCAUUCAGGUGACGAUAACAAUGACAAGAGUGACGAAUUUGGAUCUUCUGUAAGCGACAAUGAUGAUGAGUGUGAAGAUUUCCACGUAAUAAUUACACGAGAGCAAUGGAAUCUAAUGAGACGUGAUAAACCUUUUGUUUACAAAAAUCGUAAAUAUUAUGGUUUUGAACCUGGUGUAUGGACAAACGUUGUUUCACUAGCUUUUUGGGAACAAUACCGUCUUAAGUGUGCUUUUGUAUUUAAACGUGGUAAAAUUAAUGAAAGCGGAAUUAAUUAUGCAGUUAUAAGCGGACGAUGUAAAGAUUGCUCUUGUCGUAAUUUUGUUCGUGGAAUCAUUAAAGAUCCUCCAUCAGAUAAAGGGCCAGUUGUUAUUACCAUGAAGUGUCGAGAUACACGCUUUUCUAAGCAUACUGAUCUAAAGCGUCCUCUUAAUGGUAUUAGACGUAAAGAAGUUCAACAAAAAUUACUGCGUUCUGGUGUUUUAGGUUGGAGGAAAGAAGAAGCUAAGAACAUUUUAAAACCUGGAGAUACUGGAUCGCCUUUUUUAUAUAAUUCAGGUACACUUCAAGAAGCUCGAAAAGAAGCUACAGAUAAAGAGAUUGGAAUUCAUCCUGAUGAUAGGAGAGACAUGAUAUUAGCUAUACGCAAAAUGAAUCAAGAUCCACAGAAUAUGAAUUCAAUUUUAUGGAUUAGUGAUACACCAUUUUUUGUCUUCUACGCAACUCCAACACAAUUUCAUACUUAUGCAGAAUAUCUGCGUAUUCACAAGCAGUAUUCAUCAAUAUCUAUUGAUGCAACUGGUGGUUUAGUUAAAAAAUUGAUGGAUUCUCGUGAUAAAAAAACUGGCCACAUUUUCUUGUAUCAAGUUGUUAUCAAUUUUGAUGAAAAAGUUAAUUUACCACGACAAGCAGUCUCUGAUGGAUCGAGAGCUUUGCUAAAUGCAAUGUCAAUUGCAUUUAAUGGUAAGUCUUUAAAGGAUUAUAUUAAUUUUGUUUUUGAAAGUCUAAUCACCAAUGCUAAUCAACAACCACGUACUUUCAUAAGAUUAGACACAGCACACUUCCUUCAUGCUGUCAGCAGAUGGAAAUGUUUUCAAUCUGCUCUUCAUAAAGUCGUGAAGUCUUUCUUUCUCUAUUGUACAGCAUUAAUGAUUGAUUGUGACGAAUUAUCUAAAUUGGAAGAAAUUUUUAUGAUGACUUCAAUAGUAUGUAGCACAGAAUUUGACGAUUCGAUUAUUGCUAUGGGUGACCGGAUGAUUACUCCAGAAGAAGCUAGGAAAAAUUUAGAAGAAUUGGUUGCAAAACGACAACCUGAUAUUACUAUUAUCGAUUCCCUUGAAGUUGACCCCGAUAAAACUGUGAUUUUUGACGAAUUACCAUCAAAAGCUACUGAUAACAAAGGAUGGUCAGUAGCUCUUAUUAUAUGGAUUGAUAGCCUUUGCAAAAAAGUGAAUACUAUAAUCUUUGUAGGUCAGAAGCUUAAUACUCAUUAUGUGCCAGGCCUGUAUACUGAUCUUGUUGAUAAAAUGAAAGAUUUUUCAUUGUGGACAAAUGUAUGCACACCUAAGACUAUGUCACGGCCAAAUUCAUGUUAUGUUGAAACAGAUUUUAAGAAUCUAAAAAUGAAUUUGGGGGGUGUCAAUAUAUUCCGAUCAAAACUAACAAAACUUGUAGCUGAUAAUUGCUGUAAUGAAAAUGAGAAAAAACCAAAGGAAGAGAAUUUGUAUGAAAAUUGGAAAGGAUUCGGCAAAAAUGAAACUGCGACAGAUUAUGAUUGGGUAUCAGAUUACAGAGAUUUUUCGGAUAUGGUUGAACAAAAUGACUUGGAUUCUGUGUUGGAGAAUCCUAUUGACAUGGCUAUAAAUAGAAAUUCUGCAAGAAAUAAAAAUGAUUCUAUGACCACAUUCAAGACAUAUGAUGAUCAUAACUAUAGCUCUACAAGUUUCCAAGAACAAGAUAAAAACUCAAAUAUAAACACAAGCAUUCAUAAUAGUGAAAUAGAUAAUAGCUCUGAUGCGGAACUGUCGUCAAAAUAUAAUAACAUGCAAAAUGAUUCUGUUAUCUCGGUUGAAAAUCACAAUGAUCUUACUUACUAUCGAAAUUUUUAUGGUGAUAAAAAUCAUUGCUUAAAUAUUAGUAUCAGUGAUGUAGAAAAUAGCAUUAGCUUAGAUACUAGAUUAAUAGAUACUGUCUCUGAAAUCGUGACUAUUACUUGUACUGAUACUAUAGAUAAUAGUAUUCAUAAUUUAUCACUUACAAAAUUGCUUGAUAAUGAAAAAAAAAUUUAUAAAGAUUUGACAUUGAAGCAGAAUAGUUUACAAGAACCUUUAUCUUUAGCAAUAGAAAACAUGAUGAAACAAAAAACAUUGAAUAAAAAACAUGGUCAUUACUUUCAAGGUUGUCCAGAAGCUGCUCUAUUGAACAAUUUAGUUGAUGAAAAAAAAUCCACAAGUACCAAGAAAAGUAAAAAUUUUUUACUUCGUAAUGGUAAUAAAACAGGCCCAGUUCAAUUCGGAAGAAGCAAAUGGACUGCACUGAAUACUUGUCCCUUUGACACAAUAAUUCAAAUCAUAUUUACAGUAGCAAUAGAUAACACUCAUUAUCGUGAUUUCAUAUCUAAGUCUAAUCUUCAAACAUUUAAAUUUCUAAAAAAUUUUAUGAUAAACGGAGCAACACAAAAAAUAUAUGAACAUCGUAUGGCUAUUUUAAAUCCUAUUUAUAAUACAAAAAAAUUGGAAGAUGACAUGAAAAUAAAGGUAGCUCCUUACAUAAAUUGUCACGAUAAUAUUAUUAAGCUUUGGAAAGUACUAUUUGAAGAUGUACCAAGCGUUAUUGAAACAACGGUAUGCUCAAAUAGUUUAUGCCAAACAUACAUGCAAGCUUUUCCUGUAAUUAGUGUUAAUCACAAGAUAAUAACACGACAUGGAUUUACAGCUCUUGAGAAAGCUAUAGAAUUCAAUCACAAAAUUUAUAAUGUUCAUUGUCGGUUUUGCUGUAAAGCAAUUGCAACUCGUACUACUGUUCCUAAACAGUAUCUGUUAAUUGAGUUGGAUGUACGGGACAACAAGUGCGGACGAAAGGGAAAAAAAUGUAAAUUAAGUGAGCUUCCAAUACAUUUACAUUUGAAGCUGAAUGACGAUAAAUUUAAGACUAAUUUACAUUAUAGAUUAUCAGGCGUUGCGGCGUUUAGCACGGGGCAUUACUUUGCUUAUUGCCGACGACUAGGA